CUCCUCUUUUAGCUUUUCUCUUCAUAAACAUGGCGGUGAGCUUUAAAAACCCAGUGUGUUUCACGGUGAUUGUCAUCAUCAUAAGCCGUUUGAUACCAACCAUAGGCAUCUCGAGGCCAUGGAACAUUUUACUCCCAGCAAAGCUCCUCACCCUGGAUCUCGCCGAAAGACUUUCCACUGAUCCAGACGCUCUUGACUCAGCCUCCCAUGACUUUGGUCACAUUGUUAAGAGAACCCCCACCGCAGUUCUGUACCCUUCCUCCGCCGAAGAUAUAACCGCCCUCGUUAAAUUCGCCAACUACCACUCCACUCCCUUCAGCAUAGCCGCCAAAGGCUGUGGCCACUCUACUCGAGGCCAGGCCACGGUAAAAAACGGGGUGGUCGUGGAUAUGACGUCACUGAAGACCGGAGUAAUAGUGUCUGGCGACCCUUUGUCAGGUUUUGUAGCUGAUGUUGGCGGCGAGCAGCUUUGGAUCGACGUGCUGAAAGCUACAUUGGAGCGUGGACUUGCACCGGUAUCUUGGACUGAUUACUUGUACCUAACUGUUGGUGGGACACUGUCCAACGCCGGAAUUAGUGGUCAGACCUUCCGGUAUGGUCCUCAGAUCAACAACGUCUAUGAAAUGGACGUUAUAACUGGAAAAGGUGAUUUCUUGACAUGUUCGCGGAUGAAGAACGUAGAGUUAUUUUACGCUGUUCUUGGAGGUUUAGGGCAAUUUGGAAUUAUAACCAGAGCAAGAAUUGCUCUUGAACCAGCACCAAAAAGGGUUAAGUGGGUAAGAGUGCUUUAUAGUGAUUUCUCAGCUUUCACAAGAGAUCAAGAACGUUUGAUCUCGAACAACCAAGGAAAAGAUAAUCAAGCAGUCGAUUAUUUAGAAGGGUCACUUCUGAUGGACCAAGGGUCGCCGGAUAAUUGGAGAUCCAAAUUUUUCCCACUGUCCGAUCACUCGAAAAUCAUCUCCCUUAUUACAACACACGGCAUCAUCUACUGUCUUGAAGUCGUGAAGCAUUACGAUGAACAAACCCUACACACCGUUAAUGAGGAAUUGGAAUUGUUGUUAAAUGGUUUAAGCUUCCUUCGAGGAUUCAUGUUCGAAAAAGAUGUUUCGUACCUAGAAUUUUUGAACAGAGUUCGAGGAGGAGAGUUGAACCUUAAGUCUCAGGGAAAAUGGGAGGUUCCUCAUCCAUGGCUAAAUCUCUUCAUACCAAAAUCUCAUAUAGAAGCUUUCAAUCAUGGUGCUUUUAGAAACAUUGUCCUUAAACGAAACAUUACCACCGGACCAGUUCUUCUCUAUCCCAUGAACCGAAACAAGUGGGAUGAAAGAAUGUCUGCAGUAGUACCUGAUGAAGAAGUAUUUUACACAGUAGGGUUUUUGUAUUCGAGUGGUUUUGAUGAUUGGGAAGCUUUUGAAGAACAGAACAAGGAGAUUUUCCAGUUUUGUGAGGAUAGUGGUGUUGAGGUUAAGCAGUAUCUUCCUCAUUAUACUACCAAGGAAGAUUGGAUCAAGUAUUUUGGUCCAAAAUGGAAGACUUUUGUGGAGAGAAAAACUAUGUUUGAUCCAAAACGCAUAUUAUCACCAGGACAGGGAAUUUUUAACAAUAAUUAGAAUUAGGAAUAGGAUUACUCCCUUGUCGUAUGUGUAGGGUUUUUUUUUUUUUUUUUAAUGUUGUAUGUGUAGGUCACAGUAAAAAAAUAAAAUGUUGAAAUAAUU